UUCUUUUCUACCCAAGGCCAUGUAAUCGUGACACUAAUUAUGAAAACAACGAUCCACCAUUAAUAUAAUAUAUAUGUGCGUGCGUGCGUGCUUGCCCAAAACAAAAGCGACAUUUACUUUCAAUUUCACGAUAUGGCUCUCUCCAUCCAAAUGUUGAUGCAGCCAGCCAACAAGGCGGUCGACCUUAUUCUAUCGUCUUCCCUGCACUCAGCGAUGGUACUAGCUUUUGCAGUGCUGGCAGUUUUAUACUUGGCAUACAGAAGAAAAGUUGAAAUUUAUUUGAUAGACUAUUCCUGCUACUGUCCGCCCAGUUCUUAUAGGCUAACCAAGUCCAUGUUCAAGGAGAGUAUGGUUCAUGACAAUAUGGAUCCAGACUCUGUCGCGUUCCAGUGCAAGAUCCUGGAAAAAUCCGGUUACAGCGAGCAGACCUGCAUUCCUCCGCCUCUUGCUUGCAUUCCCAAAACAAAAGCUCUCUCCUCGGCCCUUGAGGAGGUCGAAACAAUCAUGUUUGCGGCAAUUGCCCACCUGUAUCAGCAAAGCAACAUCAACCCGAAGGCCAUAGACAUACUAAUCACUAAUAGUAGCGUCUUCUCCCCUACUCCAUCUCUCAGCGCCAUGGUGGUCAACAAGUUCAGAAUGCGAAGCGACAUCAUGAGCUUUAAUCUCUCGGGCAUGGGAUGCAGUGCUGGCCUUAUAUCGGUCAGUUUGGCUAGAGACUUGUUAAGAGUUCAUCGCAAUUCUCUGGCUCUAAUAGCAAGCACAGAAUGCCUUAAUCUAAAUUGGUACACUGGUAAAGUCCCGUCCAUGUUGCUAACUAAUUGCCUCUUCAGAAUGGGAGGAGCCGCCAUAUUGAUGUCGAGCAGGGUCCAAGAUAAGCAUAGGGCCAAGUAUAAGCUGAAGCACAUCGUCAGAACAAGCAAAGCACGGAAUGAUCAAUCUCAUGGUUGCAUCUACAUGGACGUGGACCCAGACAACGAAGUAGGGGUGUCCAUAUCAAAGAACGUAGUCAAUUUUGCUGGAGACGCACUGAAGACAAAUAUAGCUUCAUUAGCACCUUUGGUUUUUUCGUACAGGGAGCGAUUCAUAUACGCAUUUUCCUUGAUUUGUCAUAAACUAGGGAGUAGGAGAGAGACGAGCAUCUAUGCACCGAAUUUCAGCAAGGCUUUUGAGCAUUUCUGCAUACACGCAGGGGGCAGAGCUGUGAUUGAAGCCAUUAAGAGAAAGCUGAGGUUGAGGAAACAGGAUGUCGAAGCAUCAACCAUGACUCUUCAUAGGUUUGGGAAUACGUCGUCAUCUUCAAUUUGGUACGAGCUGUGUUAUAUUGAAGCAAAGGGCAGAAUGAAAUGUGGGGACAGGGUAUGGCAAAUUGCCUUUGGCAGCGGGUUCAAAUGUAAUAGCGCGGUGUGGCAGUGUUUGCGUGAUGUGAAUCCAGACACAGCCAAUGCAUGGAGGUAUACUAUUCGCUCUUACCCUGUACAAGACCUGAUAUUCUGAGAAUCAAUUGGCCUCAACAUUUGCUGCUCCCGGUCCAUUUGACUUCUUUUAUGGCCCUCCCUUGGUGUAUUAGGCUGUUUUCUGUACCGCCAAUACCUUAUAUUUUAAUAUCUUUGAAAAUAAA